AUGGAACACAACCACUACUCGUCUAACGUGAUUAACAACACUACGACGGCUUCCUAUCCAUCCCACUCGGCGAUUUCCCCCCACCACCUGCAGAACGGCCAGAACCAGACUCUACCACCUCUGCAGCCUCACAACCCAGCCAUGUCUAUGUACGCGAGCCACCCGCAUACUCCUCGGACACCUGCAACCCCGAACACUCCAGCUUCCAUGGGCGGCUACGCUCCCCCCCCGCCCCAGCCCUCCGGCAGAGGCUCGUAUCCCAUGAUGCACAACCCCUACCAGCACCAGCAGUCUUAUGCGACUUCCUCCGCCAUGAUGCCCCAGGCCUCUGUGUCCGCAUCUCACCCCCAACCGAUCGCGCCCGCGCCAUCUCCGGGCGGUCGUGUCCCACCUGUCCUGCGGCCAAUGCCUGCGGGCGGUGUAAUGCCACAAAGCGGCUUGGCUUCUCCCUACGCGCAGAGCCCUAUGAUGUCGCAGCCAUCAAUUCUUCACCAGGAGAACGACCAGCCUACUCACGUAGUCGGUUCCCAGGGCCGCAGAGGUAUUCUACCAAGCGCCCCCGGCAGGCCCGCUGCCCCCGCCCCUGGUACCGCCGCGGCCAAGGCUCAGAUCCCUCAGAAGGACGCCGAUGGGAAAUUUCCUUGCCCCCACUGCACGAAGACCUACCUUCACGCGAAGCACUUGAAGCGUCAUAUGCUCAGACACACUGGAGACCGUCCUUACAUGUGUGUGCUCUGCCGGGACACAUUCUCCCGAAGUGACAUUCUGAAGCGUCACUUCCAAAAGUGCUCGAUCCGUCGGGGCAACCCUACAGGAGCCAGCCAUCUGUCCCACCCCCACGCCCACGUAAAGAAGGCGCAGCAGGCUGCUGCUAAGGCCGCGCAGCUUGGGCAUGAUGGAGACAUGAUGAACGGCAUGAACAAUGUAACGGGAAACCCCCACAUGGUUCCCUUUGGGCUGAUUCAAACACCGGACCAAAUUAACCACAUGAAUGACCAGAACCAGCUCUCUCGACAGUCGAGCAUGAACCGCCUCGAGGACACCAAUGGUGAAGAGCGGAGGAACGUGCCUGCACCAGUCAUGACUGCCUCGUCGCAGCAACAGCAACAGUACAACGGGAAUGUCCCGACCUCCAUGUCCACGAACAUCAACCCGCAGCUGGCGAACUACAACAUGUCGCAGAACCAGAAUGGUGUGCCUAUGUUCAACGGUGGAUCAAACCACAACCAGCAGUCGGGCUUGGACUGGCAGACCAUGUUCUCACAACAAGGCGGUGCGCAAGAUACUCACCCAGUCCCUACAUCAACCUUUCCUAACCGACAGCAGACCGCACUCAAAACCGAGCCUAGUCUCGACCACCCGAGAUACGUUGGCCAGCCCCCCUCAGAUUCGACCAAUGGUCGCUUUGGGCUCUCUACCGGCGGCCGCCCCCUUGACGAUGCGACCUAUCGGCACCUGUCAAACCAAAUCAUCAAUUUCUUCUACUCGCCUGGCAUCGCGUCAACUCCCCACAACGACAUGAACUUGUAUUUCUCGGCAGAAAAUGUCCAGCACUUCCUUGGCCAGUACGCACACUUCCACAGGCAUUUUGCCAUCUUACAUAUGCCGACUUUUGACGCUGGCAAAUCCUUCACCGGACUGCUUGCUAGCAUGUGUUGUAUUGGAGCUUGCUAUUCCGACCGCUUGUCGCCUUCACACGUGCGCCUUCUGACCGACUUCUUGAAGUCUGCUUUGGAAAGGGACGCGCGCAUCCUCUCCCUUCUGAACGAAGACUCCCAAUCCGGGCUCGCAAGGCGCGGCCAGGAUGGGUUGGAGGAGCUCCAGGCUCUUGUACUUCUUCAUCUACUCCUCAUCUGGAACGGCACCCCUCAACAACGACAAGCCGCUCGGCAGGUGCAUUCGAGGAUUGUGCUGCUCGCACGAAAGUCCGAUCUGCUCCGUGUCUCUCAAGGACAAGCCCUGAUGAGCGCGCUUCAUCAACCUGGCUUCAAUCCUUUGACGUAUCAUCCGUCAGAAUUUGACUGGUAUUCAUGGAUAGAGCAAGAGAAGCGCAAUCGUAUUAUGUUCCUUAUUUUUGCGACCGACACAGCCUUGGGCCUCUACUUCAAUAUUGCGCCGCAGCUCGACCCCAUGUCAAUCCAGAUCCCCUUGCCCUGCGACGAUGCAGCAUGGGACGGAGCUUCAGAUGCGAGGUCUUGCGCUGAGGCCUUGGGCUUGUACGGACCAGAGGCGGCCCAAAUUCGUAACGUGGAUGGCACGCGCCGAGCCAAGCAACCAGAGAUGCACCUCGCGUUGCAUGCGCUCUUGCACAUUUCGUACCGGAUUCAGACUGGCACAACAAACCUGACAGGCAAAUUCUUGCUGGUCCAUGGCAUUCUGGCUCUCAUACGUCGAGCUCAGAUUGAAGGCAGCUCGGCUCUCAACUAUGGCCAAUCCUCAUCCUUCGCUCACAGUGAUUGGAUCGUCGAUACCGGACACGCCAAUGGCAGCGCGCCUGGCAGUGCAAACAACAGUGGCCGCAACACUCCAGCUGACGGAAGCAUGUCUCCCCAGGCUUCUCAGGCUAUUCGCACAGCUCUGGACAAGUUCAAGCAGAAUUGGGACUUCGACGUUGUUAAUCAAUACCCGCCUUCGUCGCGGAACCCUCGCCGGCAGGGCUUCUCGAAGGACGCAAUCCCCUUCUACUGGCUUGCCAACUAUCUUCUUAAGAAUACGCGUGCAGGCGAUCUGGAGAUGGAGUCUGAACACCGAUUCGCCCAAGUUAUCCAUCUCCUCAAGGCUGUCAAUGAUUAUGUGCGCUCGGAUGGGGCAUAUAGAGGAGAAGAACUGGGGUCUGUCGAUGCGAUCGACAAGGACUACGGCGCAACCAACUGGACCCUGGACAUGGCGAAGUUGUUCAGACCAUUUCUCGACAUGUCUGAGUCGCCACUUGUCACACCGGCCAACAUGAAGACAGAGGCAGCUUAG